AUGGGUGACAACUUCCAAGCACGUGCAUCUCUCAAAAAGGCUCGUCACAUCCAACAAGAGUUACCUGAUGAAGAUCAAUCAUCUUAUAUUUAUAUAUUUAGCCGGCUGGGAAAAGUGUAUCGUAAUAUGAAAGACUAUACAAAAGCAUUGCAUUAUUUUCAAAAAUGUAUUGUGAUUUGUGAAACACUGUUGUUAGAAAAGCAUCCAAAGUGGGCUGAAACAUACAGUGACAUUGGUGAUGUUCAUCGAUUAAUGAGUGAUCACGAAAAGGCACUUACAUUUCAUCAAAAAGCAUGUAAUAUUGAAGAAAAUGCUCAAUGCAAUCCUUUGCAAUGUGCCACAAUAUAUGUAAAUUUAGGUGAAACAUAUCGUGAAAUGAAAGAUUAUUCAACAGCAUUGACAUAUUUUCAUAAAGGUUUAGAUAUACGUGAAGAGAAACUACCAAAAAAUCACCCUGACUUAGCUGUUGUCUAUCAUAAUUUAUCGAAAUUAUAUUUAUCUACAAAAAAUUAUAGUCUGGCAAUGAAAAACGUUCAACAAGCGAUUGAUAUUGCUCAAAUGAAAUUAUCUUCAACUCAUCCUCAUCUCGUUGAUUAUAGAGAAACAUUUGAAGAGAUUCGAAAGAAAAUGUAA